GGCCUGCCUACAGCUUCGACUUUCUCUCUUCUCCCUACAACGCCUAAACCCAUAACACCACCACGAUGGCACAACAACCGACACACUCUACGCAACCAGAAUCCCGAUUAACAAUGCCACUGCUUCCCCGGACCCUCCUCCCAACCCUCUUCUCCUCCCUCUCCCGUGCAACCUCAACACCGACGCGCUGGACCCUCCUCCGCAAACUGAAAAGCGAGAACCCGAAUGACAUCGUGGGCGAAUUACGCGGGUCAGCCACAUUCACACCCCUCCGAUCCUCUCCGACCGCGUCAACAUCCACAACCAUCACGACCGACCCAAACCCCGGCACGAGCGCGAGCCCGGACGCGGAGACCGACCAAGAACUCCUCUACAGCGAGGAAGGCUCCCUUCCCGCAUCCUUCGGCCCAGGACUUAGCUGGACGAAGAAAUACAUAUGGCGGUUUACCCGCGACGGCAACGUAAGCGUGUGGUUCGUCAAGGUCGAUAAGAAGCAGGACGCCGAAGAGGAGCCGGACUACCUGUUCCACCAAUUCGAUUUCGGGCUCUCGCCCUCCGCGCCUGGGUCAGGGACGGAUGUUGUGUCCGGCGAGGAGCUCGUAACGCCGCCCACGCCGCCCGAGGUUCCCAGUGCGGCGACGACAAAGGUCAUCGCUGCGCGCGGGAGCCAUCUAUGUAUCAAUGAUAUGUAUCGCACGGCGUACGCGUUUCGGGUCGAGGAGGGGAGUGGGGAGGUGGUUUCUUGGGCGAGUCGGCAUGUAGUGCGGGGGCCGAAGAAGGGACAGGAUAUUGUGAAUCUGUAUUCGAGGGAGUUAUAGACUUUUAAUUGGGUGGGUUGAAUGGGCGCUACGACUACGCGAUCGCUGAUUCUAUCGCUUGAUGCUUCAUGGCAUACUUGUGCGAUAUCCUUGCCGUCUCAUUUGGACGAAAACCCUAUCCCUUCAUUUCCUCAGCUCAACUCUAUAUACCAUGGUCUGUUAUCUCACAGCGUGUAUAUAAAAUCCGGCCUCUUAUCACCCAACAGCGAGAUCUCAUUUUGGUCUAGGCCUUCGACCCAGUGGUCGCGCUCGCCGCGCUUGCGCUUCGCAUUUUCCCUGCGCAGGAGGAUAUACUGCAGGAUGGACCCUCCGAGC